UUGCUAACCGUUCUGUUUAAUGAAGAAAUCAAACGGAAGCUGUCUUUAAAUGUCAGCAGGGCAUGUGAUUUUAUUUUUGUUUUUGUGUAAUAAGUAAUGUAGUGGCAGUAAGAAGGAUACAUUAUGUUUCUUUUAUAUGGAUACUGAUUAAACGGAGGCAUCACCGUUCGUAGGCUGGAAUAGCCUUGCUGAACCUGUGCUCUACUUAUUAUAUGUGACAUUCGCUCAUAGUUUGUUUAUGAGGAAACGUAUGUGGAAGAAAAUCAAGAAUGUCAGGAAAACAUUAUAAAGGUCAUGAAGUCAGUUGCUGCAUCAAGUAUUUCAUCUUUGGAUUUAACAUUAUAUUUUGGUUGCUGGGUGUGGCUUUCCUGGGGAUUGGACUGUGGGCAUGGAGUGAGAAGGGUGUUCUCUCAAACAUCUCCUCAAUCACCGAUCUGGGGGGGUUUGACCCAGUGUGGCUCUUUCUCGUAGUGGGAGGGGUAAUGUUUAUCCUGGGCUUUGCUGGUUGCAUUGGUGCACUAAGGGAAAAUACCCUCCUACUCAAGUUUUUCUCUGUGUUUCUGGGUAUUAUAUUCUUUCUGGAGCUCACAGCUGGAAUUCUGGCCUUUGUCUUCAAAGACUGGAUCAAGGACCAGCUUAAUUUCUUCAUCAACAACAACAUCAGAGCCUACCGUGAUGACAUUGACCUGCAGAACCUCAUAGACUUCACCCAGGAAUACUGGGAGUGCUGUGGAGCAUUUGGAGCAGAUGACUGGAAUCUGAACAUCUAUUUCAACUGCACAGACAAUAACCCCAGCCGAGAGAAAUGUGGAGUGCCUUUCUCCUGUUGCACCAAGGAUCCCGCGGAGGAUGUCAUUAACACGCAAUGUGGAUAUGAUGUCAGAGCAAAAACAGAUGCGGAACAGAAAACGUACAUUCACGUCAAAGGCUGCGUGCCACAGUUUGAAAAGUGGUUACAGGACAACCUAACCGUAGUGGCGGGGAUCUUCAUAGGCAUCGCACUACUACAGAUAUUUGGAAUAUGUCUGGCGCAGAAUUUAGUGAGUGAUAUCGAGGCUGUCAGGGCAAGCUGGGUACCCCCAUCUCUCGCUACGCGUCGCCCGCUGCCACACUCCAGCAAGAAAUCUUCUGCUUACUCCUGAGGGAGGUGCACG